UUUAAAAAAAUAAAACCAACUAAAAUCUUUAUCUUAAAGCCAACACUCUAUCAAUUAUCAAACCUCUUUCCCGCCUGACCUUAAUUCCGCCAUGGAAAUGGAGCUCAACCUCCUUCUUUUUCUUCUCUCUUUCUCUCUCCUCCAUUGUUGUUCAUCUUCAACCUUCCCUAACGACACUGCAACUCUUCUACAAUUCCGUCUUGAUUCUGACCCACAUGGAAAUCUUCUCUCAAAUUGGUCUUCUUCCAAUGCUUGUACUUCCAAAUGGUUUGGAGUUAACUGUUCUUCUAAUGGCAGAGUUUUCUCUCUUUCUCUUCCUUCACUCAAUUUACGAGGACCCAUUUCUUCUCUUUCUUCUCUAGACCAACUUCGGGUCCUGGAUCUUUCAAAUAAUCGCUUAAACGGGUCGGUUUCUCCUCUAUCAAACUGUACUAAUUUGAAGCUUGUUUAUCUUUCUCGUAACGAUUUCUCCGGAGAAAUUCCACCGGAAUUUGGAUCACUUGAUCGGCUUCUUCGUUUAGAUAUUUCGGAUAAUAACCUUGCAGGUCAUUUACCUGUGGAAUUGAAGAAACUUACAAGAUUGCUUACUUUUAGGGUUCAAAACAAUGCAAUUUCUGGGAAAAUUCCGGAUUUUUCUGAAACACUUAAUCAGUUAAAAGAGCUGAAUUUAUCGAAUAAUGAAUUGUUUGGUAAAGUUCCAAAUGGGUUAUUGAAAAUUUUUGGUGAAAAAAGCUUUUUGGGUAAUGAACAGUUAUGUGGGUCAUCACCAUUACCAGCAUGUUCCUUUAAUGGUGAUAAUGUAGAAGCUUCUUCAGCUUCUGCUGCUACUGCACAAACUGUACCUUCAAAUCCCAUCUCAUUUCCACCAUUGAAACCCAGAAAAGGUUCAAAUCAUGGAAUUGUUAUACCCCUAAUUGUAGCAAAUUGUGUGUUAGUAGUGAUUGUUUUGUCAUUUGUACUUGCUUUUUGUUGUAAAAGAUGUUCUUCACCUAGGGAUGAUGAAAUUGAGGAAAGGGAAAAUGGGAAGAGAAGGAGUAGUUAUGGGAGUGAAAAAAGGGUUUAUGCAAGUAAUGGUAGUGUAAAUGGAGGUGGGUUUGAUAGUGAUGAGACUAAUGGGACUGAUAAGAGUAGAUUGGUGUUUUUUGAUAGGAAGAAGCAAUUUGAGCUUGAAGAUUUGCUCCGAGCAUCGGCCGAGAUGCUCGGAAAAGGUAGUUUAGGGACGGUUUAUAGGGCGGUUUUGGAUGAUGUGGCAACGGUGGCGGUGAAGAGGUUGAAGGAUGCUAAUCCUUGUGCUAGGAAGGAGUUUGAGCAAUAUAUGGAUGUGAUUGGGAGGUUGAAACAUCCUAAUAUUGUUAGGCUUAGAGCUUAUUACUAUGCUAGGGAGGAGAAGCUUCUUGUUUAUGAUUAUCUUUCUAAUGGAAGUUUGCAUUCUCUUCUUCAUGGCAACAGGGGACCAGGAAGAAUCCCAUUGGAUUGGACAACAAGAAUCAGCCUAGUCCUCGGAGCAGCUCGAGGACUAGCUCGAAUUCACGCAGAAUACAGCUCCUCCAAAAUUCCUCAUGGCAAUGUGAAAUCAUCCAAUGUUCUCUUAGACAAGAAUGGGGUUGCUUGUAUCUCCGAUUUUGGCCUAUCGCUUCUCCUAAACCCGACUCAUGCUAUUGCUCGACUAGGCGGGUACAAAGCGCCUGAACAAUCCGAAACCAAAAGACUCUCACAACAAGCUGAUGUUUACAGCUUCGGAGUGCUCUUACUCGAAGUUCUUACUGCCAAAACCCCUUCCCAAUUCCCUUCACCAACCCGACCCAAGAACAUAGACUCGGAGGAUGAAGAAUCUUUGGAUCUACCCAAAUGGGUUAGGUCUGUGGUCCGUGAUGAAUGGACUGCUGAGGUAUUCGACCCAGAACUUUUGAGGUACAAGAAUAUUGAAGAGGAAUUAGUCUCGAUGCUCCAUGUCGCUAUGGCUUGUGUCGUUCCACAACCCGAAAAAAGACCUAGUAUGAUGGAAGUGGCUAAAAUGAUCGAAGAGAUUCGAGUCGAGCAAUCUCCCCUAUGUGAGGAUUACAAUGAAUCGAGGAAUUCGUUGUCACCUUCACUUCCUACCACUGAGGAGGCUGUGGGUGUUUAUUGAUUAGUCAUUAACUAAGGCCAUUGCUUGUGGCUCUAAGCUUAAGUUAUGCUUAAUUUGUUUAUUUGAAUGGAUUUUCUAGUGUUGUUGCAAGUCAUGUCUAUAGUAGGCACUUUUAUGGUUCUAUGAUCAAUGUCUUGUGAUUUUGUUGUUCUAGGGUUGGGAAUGUAGUCAUUAUGCCUCUCCAUUGAAUGAUGAUAUUGCUCUAUUUCUAAUGUUUAUAAUAGCUAAGCUCCAAAGUAUCCUGGUUUUAGCAUAUGCCCGACUUCUAAGCUUUUGAUAGUUGGUGUCUAAUUCAUGUUGCUUUAUGAUGUGAGACUGUUUUUCGGUGAGACGACCUAAAAACAAGGAGUUAAUAUACUAAUAAUUGUAUUAGUUAGGCUCCUGAAUUCAUGUAUGGAGAGCAUCUCACGAUGAAACUAUCUUACAUAGUAUAAGAUAAUGCAAGGACUUAGGAUCCAUGUCUUUGACCUUGUAUAUGAUAUAAUAUUCAUUACUUUCAUUCAAA